GGAGAAGCAGGGAGGUGGGGAGAGAGAAUUCAGCCAUGACAUUUUGAUAUAUUGCACAAUCAGUUAUAUAAUCCCCGACUUCACAGCAAUAUAAUCACACAGUGCAGUCGAUGAGGGGUUGGCAAGAAAUGCACAAGUGCUGUGCAUGGGGUGGGGCCAUCGGUGCAGCUUUUAAUUACAUGCAUAACGUGUUUAUAAGCGCUGAUAAUUUGGAAGAAAGCUUUUAAACCGCGUCUCCCUCAGACCGCCACAUCUCUGUCCACACCCUCCAGCACCAGGCAGGGUGCCUGGCAACAGCAUUAGGAAGAUGUUAUGUCUCCAUGGCAACUAGUGAUCAACCCAUGGUGCGAGAUGACGGCAGCUGACAGCCCUGCUGAAUCCUCAGCAUCUUUAGCCAGUAAGGGUGCCGAACAAAAAAAAAGUGGGGAUAAUGUUAACACGGCCUGACGCGUGUCUCAGUUGACUGUCUCUUUACAGGACGCCAUGUGUGAGCUGAGGGGGGGCGCCUCUUUGCACGGAUCCCGUCUCGUCGCCACCUUUGUGUGGUUCUGUGCGUGCCAUUGUUUCCAGGUGAUAUGGAGAAGGACUCUCCGUCAACCCAGACUGCUGGGUCAUGCCCUGUCCUGGAUGGAGCCUCUCCUCCCUCUCAUCCUCCCAAACCUCCAUCCUCUGCAGAAAACACCACAGAACCCAGAAAAUCAAAGUCCUCUCCCCCGCCUGCUCACGCUAUCUCUAAAGUGAUGGAUUCCGCUCCCUCUUCAGAGGGGUCAAAGUCUCCUGCUGUGUCCUCUAAACCCGCCUCUAAAACGGCUUCUACUAAACCCUCCCCUCCCGCUCCAAACAAAACUCCACUAGUCACUUCCCCUGAAAGCCCCACGGCUCAAAUCCCCCAAAAUUCAUCCUUUUCUAAGCUCUCAUCGGCCUCCUCUACAUCCCCUAACACUCCAACAGAUUCCACGUCUCCUUCCUCCGCUGCUGCCUCCACAGCGCCUCCUGCUGCUCCCUCCACGGCCCCCGUGAAACGCACCUUUGCCUCCCUGGCCAAGCGGGUGAUAAUACAGGAAAGACUCAGGAAAGCUGAGGAGGAAGCGGACGAUGAAGAGGAUGAUGAAGAGCCAGAGGAAGAUCUGUCCGUGGAUCAGAUGAAAGAGAAGGCCGAGGCCGGCGAUGCCAGGGCUCAGACCCGGCUGGGUCAGCACUUCUUAAUCCUUGCUGAAGAAAAUGAAACAGAGCUAAAUAAUUGUCUGGCUGUUAAUUGGCUGAUCAAAGCUGCUAAACAGGGAAGAAAAGGUGCUGCCAGAAUUCUGCAGCGCUGCUGGAUCCAGAGAAAAGGAAUCACUCCGGAGAAUGAGGCGGACAUGCGUAAGUUGUCGACGGAGAGUAAGUUUGAGUUGGCGGUGCGUAAAGCGGCCAUGAUGAUGUACUGGAAACUCAACCCGGAGAGGAAGAAGAAGGUGGCUGUGGCUGAGAUGCUGGAAAAUGUCAGCCAGGUCAAUGGAGUGCAGGGUGGCACUGUGAACAGAGUUUCUGCCCCGACUUCAGGCCAGACCCAGAAAGUAUUGGAGAGCAUGGUCAGCAAAGAGUCCACACACCUGGUGGACCUGGAUGACUUUGUUGAGAUGACUCAACAGUAUGCACAAGGCAUCGUUCCCUCUGCGCCCCAAAAUGACAACCAGGUCACAGCCAAGACUAAAAGCCCAACAACUCAAGACAGUGGUGGGGAGCACAAGGCUGACCUGGUCCCGUCAGGAUACAAGAAAAGCCACAGAAGUUCUUGGGGUUUUGGCCGAAGUGGGAUGAUGCUGGACUCUAAUCACAGCGGGGCCAUAAGAAAAGCCAUGGACAUGAAAUCACGCUUAAUGAUGCUGCAGUACCCGCUGCAUGCCUUUAUGGACAUGAAGGAGCACCUGGUGGACUGGGCGUCGCGGGCCGGCGUCCAGUGGCUGAGCACGGUCAUCCCAACGCAACACGUCAACGCACUCAUCUUCUUCUUCAUCGUCAGCAACCUGACCGUUGACCUGUUCGCUUUUGUCAUCCCUCUGCUCGUCUUCUACCUCUCCUUCAUCUCCAUGAUCAUCUGCACGCUGCGAGUUUUCCAGAGCAACAAGACCUGGGAGAACUUCAGAGCCCUGACAUCUCUGCUGACACGUUUCGAACCUGGCCUGGAUGUGGAGCAGGCGGAGACCAACUUUGGCUGGAACAACCUCGAGCCGUACCUCUAUUUCAUCCUGUCCGUCUUUUUCAUCAUUUUCUCCUUCCCUGUAGCUGACAAGGGCUGGAUCCCCUGCUCUGAGCUCUCUACUGUGGCCAUCUUCUUCACUGCUGUCAGCUACAUGAGCCUCAGCCCCACCGCUGCCACGUAUGCACGCCGGGCAAUGGUCAUAGAGGUAGCAUCAUCUCUGUGCUGCCUGACCCAGUUCCUGCCAGAGCACAUGACGGUGCUUCGUUUACUAGGACGCACUUUCGCCACGCUGCCACUGGGGGAGUCAGUGGUGCUGAAGCUCAGCCUCCCCUGCCUGCUGUAUGUUUACCUCUUCUAUCUGUUCUUCAGCAUGGCCCAGAUGCGUGGUUUCAGGGGGACUUACUGCUUCCUGGUUCCGUACCUUGUGUGCUUCAUGUGGUGUGAGUUCUCGGUGGUGCUCCUCCAGAAUUCCUCCGCUGUGGGUCUCAUACGCACCUGUGUGGCCUACUUCCUCUUGCUGUUUGCCCUGCCGGUUCUGGCUUUUGGCCUCGCCGCCAUGCUCUUCAUCCAGCUCUUCAAGUGGUUCCUCGAGCUGGAACUGACGAAGAUGAUUGUGACCCUGGUUGUCUGUGCGAUCCCUGUGACCCUGCGGCUGUGGACGCGGUUCAGCAUGUCCAUCCUGGACGUCUUCCGCUCACUGACCCACCGCGGCCCAGUCAAACUCAUCUUACUCUGCAUCUCCAUGGUGAUCCUGUUGUUCUCUAUAUAUGUGUACCAUGCAGAGGGACAGAAGGUGUACAACUCCACCCUAACUUGGAUCCAGUACAGCCAGGCGUGUGGACCACCUGCCUGGGAAACUAAAGGCAUGGCCAGGACAGAGAUCUUCUGCAGCCACCUGCACGGACACAGAGUCACCUGGACUGGGCGUUUCAAGCACGUUCGUGUGGUCGAGACAGAGAACGGGGCACAGUCGGUCAUCAACAUGUUGCCAGUGUUCAUGGGGGACUGGCUGCGCUGCCUGUAUGGAGAGAGGUAUCCCAGAUGUGAGCCAAAGAACACCACGGUCGCAAACCUAACAGCUGCUAAUCUGGCAGCCAGUUCUGCAUCAACGUCUACGUCAGUGCCCAUACUGCUGCAAAUGCAGGAGGAGGAAGAGUUGUGUCAGAUCAAGGCUCUGGCCAAAAACACCUGCCAUAUCAAGCGCUUCGACAGCUACCGCUUCGAGGUGACGAUCGGGAUGAUCCGGGAGGGAGGCGUAGAUGAUCCAGCCAGGGAUAUAAUCCUCGUGGCCAGCCAUGAGUUCAGACAAGUUCUGCUCAACCUAAGUCCCGGUCACAUGGUGGAGUUCAGCACCAAGCUGGAGGGCCGUCUAGGAGCCAAGGCUCCGGCCUUCGAGUUGAAGGCUAUCCACUGUCUGGACUGCGUUUCGUCACUGCUCUCUGGAGGUCGGCAGGUGAAGAUAGAGAGAGACUGGAGACGCACCACAAUGAGAGCCCUGAAGUUCGCGUUUGAUUUUUUCUUUUCGCCUUUCCUGUCGGCAAAAAUCCCUGCCUGAGAAGAAAGACAGUGCAGCAGAGGUAGCAAUGUAGUAGUAGUAAUGACUCAAUUGAAUCUCUUGAGGAAGCCAUGCUGCCUUUUUCUUUUGAUGUCAUCAUGUUACUGAUGUAACUUAUCGUAUUGUUUACAGUUUGAUCUGACAUGCAUCUACAGCUCAUGUUUAGGUUACAGAAUCUAGGAUUUAAUAUGUUUACUACUUCCUGUUAGUGCAUGAGUUUACAAAGUAUUUCUAAAGCGGCUGAGUAGCAGUCAGAUGCCAAUUUACUAUUUGCAGUGUAGUCUCAUAAAGAUGGACACUCACCUGCAAUGUGAUGGUUCCAGAUUAUAUGCAAGGAAGCUAACGUGGGCGCUACCUGCUUCUUAAUGACUAGAGAUACUGUACAAAAAUAAAAUAUUAUCGGAUGAUAUUUUUAUUUGAUAGAGCAAUGUUGCUGCUGUCUUUUUGUAUCAAGGAACUUCUUACGUGUAUGGGGACGAUGGCAUGUACGGUAUGUGUGUACAUAUGUGUGUGUAUAACAUUUUAAAUGUACACUGACCUGUUUAUAUGUGUCCAUUACAUUAGUUAUGUGGUAGAAUAUAUAGUAUCGCUAUUCAUUCAUAGGGAUUUAUAGUGCAUUGGUAAUGCUUUAUGACUCUACUCAUGCUGUGUUUCUACAUCAACAGCCAUAAAACACCAAAGAUAUGAGUCUCAAUUAAUUAUACGUUCAAGUGUCUUAUAGAUGCUCUUGAUUAGUGAUAAACUAGAGGUUCAGUGACAAGGCUUAUAAUAAAUUAUGACUACCUUUGCAUUUUUAUUAUAUUAUGAUGUACUAUGAAUGCCGCGAUAAUGAAGUACAGAUCUGAUCGUCACCAAAUACAUUUCUUGCUCAUUUAGUCGAUAUUGUCUUGCUUUGUGGUCUUAAAACAUUCUUGUCUUAUUUUGAUCGAUAUAUAAUAUAUAAUAUUUAUGUUGGAAUGCCAACCAAAAAAGAAAAAAAACACUGAUCCGAUUGUUAUGUUUGCAGUGAGGCUGUCUUUGGUAAAAUGAUGCAGCUAUAGUGUUUGUUUCAUGGUUUGUGUCUCGCACUCAGACACCAAAAUGCCAAAAAGAUGACACAACUUGUGAGAGGGAUCACUUCUAAAUGUGAUUUUUCUUUUUUAUAUAAACAUCACUAGACUUAAUAGUCUGAUAAACUAACUCAAAUGAAAACCAAAUAAGUCCGUUAAUUCCUACAGUUUAUUAAGAAAACAUUGAACAGGGUUCAUUCCAUAGAAGUAGAGUGUCGGUAUUGGGAAUAUUUGCAAUGACUUGUUUAGCUUCACAGCACAGAGUGCCUUUACACUGCCUUGAUGUCAUUAUUUAUUUAGUCACAGUUAUAAUUACAAUUGUGUCACUUUUGCAUUGAAAGCCUUAAAUGUGAACACCAUACUUACCUGUGAAUAACAAUCAUGGGUGUGGAGCCUGCAUACUGUGAAUUAGAGUGCCUUCUUUCUUCAGUGACGAGUUUAUGGGAGCAUGCGAUGACUAUUAAAGUGUUUGUCUUUCAAACAAUG